CUCUAUCAUAUAUCUUCAUCUGCCCAUACACCCACUAGUACUCUUUCAUACCAUGGCCAUGAAGCGCAAAUUCGACUUUGAUGCUACUGACGACUGCCCUCAGGUCGCCAAGCAAAUGAAAAUGGUUCCCUUCCCCAACUACGAACCUGACACCGACGUUGCUAUGUCUGAAUCUCCUUCAUCUGACGCCGUCUCGUUUUUCCCUGAAAAUAAUCAUACUCGCCUUCAUUCUACUGCCAGCUCGUCAAGCGGUUCGUCUGUAUAUUCGGACGCCAUCGACUAUAACUCUCCUUUGUACCCUCGUCUUGCCCGGGUCGUCGACUACCAGCCGGAUGACCCUGACAAGGCGGUUGGGCUAUUACAGCCUGCAAGUUCAUUCACUCACCAUGGCUCGCAUUGCUCACAAAUACCCAAGCUUCGUGUCGCCUGCUCUGCUGGUUCCGACGGCUCAAGGACGAUGUGGAGCUUUUGUGAACAAUGCGGCGCGAUCUCCAUGGUGGAUUCGGAUUGAAGUCGUCGACAGUGCCUGGCACCCUUUUUUUUUAUUGUUUUUAUUUUGCUGAUUAUCCUUUCGUGAUUUGCUUUCCCCCUGGCUCAACUGGUCAAGUCUGUUUCCGACAUAUCGAUCCUAUAUCCGCCUCCCCUGCGCCGCUAACAGUUA